AUGAACACUGACCCUGUCUUCAACACAGGAAGGGCAGCAAAACCUAAGCCAGUUCUUAGAGGACCUCCACAGGCCUGGCUGACUGAAGGAGACUCAGUGACGCUGAGCUGUGACGUUGGAGGCUCCACUACAGGCUGCAGAUUCAACUGGUACAAGACUCUGGUCUCAGACAGCAUCAGAGGAGCUGGAGGCUCCUACACUCUCAGCCCUGCUGCUCUUAGACACACAGGGGUUUAUGUGUGCAGAGGAGAGAGAGGAGAGCCAGCCCAUCACACAGAGUUCAGCCAACCUCAGCCUCUCUGGGUCACAGGUCUUUCUACUCCAUCCUUGCUGGUUGUCACCCCCAACAAAACUGCACAUUUUGCAUCUCAGUCUCUGUCCCUGAACUGUACAGACAAUGGAAUCUUAACAGGAUGGAGACUGAGGUGGUUCUCAGGUAUGAUGGAGCGUGAAAAAUGUCCUUAUGGUUGGACAAACACGGGAUCCAGCUGCAGCAUCAACUCAUUAUCAUCAGCACACAGUGGAGUUUACUGGUGUCAAUCUGAGUCUGGAGAGCAGAGUGAUCCUGUCAACAUUACUAUACAUUAUGGCAUGGUGAUCCUAGAGAGUCCUGUCCAUCCUGUGACUGAGGGAGAUCCUCUGACUCUGCGCUGUAGAUAUUACUCCCAGCCAUCCAACAUCAGUGCUGACUUCUAUAAAGAUGGGACACUCCUGCAGACCUCCACCACAGGAGAGAUUACCAUCCCUGCAGUCUCUAAGUCACAUGAAGGCCUCUAUAAGUGCAGACACCCAGACAAAGGAGAAUCACCAGAGAGCUGGGUCACUGUAAAAGGUACACUUUAUGUGUCUGCACUUGUAAAUAUGAUAACUCUGAUUGUCAGAUUCACAGAUAUUAAUGAAAUUCACUUUUCUUAUCAGGUUUAGCACCAGAUACAGGACCAUCUAAGCUAGAAAUUGUUGGUGCAGUUGUUGGAGUGAUACUAAUCUUGGCUGUAGGCACAACGAUACUCCUGAUCUAUUGUUUCAAGAAGCUUAAAGGCCCUGGCACACAAACACCACUACCUGGUCAGCAACAACAUGACAUCAGACAAGAUCAGGACCAGCACAUCUCUGGAGGAAAGGAAGACCAACAGGACUAUUAUACUUUACACAGUGAUGGUGCUGACGCUAGACUCAGUGAUGUUACUUAUGCCACUAUUGAUCAACAAGGCACCAGUGAGAAUAUCAAACACAGGAAGAAAAAAGAAAGCCGUGAAGAAGAGGCUGACAUUGUGUAUUCAGAGCUUAAAUCCGUGAAAAACACAGGGGAAGCUGAUAGUUGGACACAGUGACCUCACGUUUGUCUAUGACAGGACAAAAAAGGGUCUUCAAGGACAUGAGACAGAAAUAGAUGGGAGUAAUGUUGCAGCAAAAAGGUUUUAGCUGGGCCACAUACAGAAUCUGAAUUUAAAAGAACCAAACUCAAUCUUCUGGAAGUGGACCGAAACAAGCAUAAAGUGGACCGACACAAAAGGACUCCGUUCCCUCUGUAUUCAGAUGGAAUUGAUUUCAAAGAGGACUCUUCAGCUCUGAUGGGGCUUCAGCUUUCUUCCUGUUUACACUAUAGAUUCUCUGAGACCUUGGAUUAUGGACUACGUACUGUAGAUGCUCUGAGUUAGUUAUGUAUUAUUUUCAUCAUUAUUCAUUGUUCAAAUAAUUAUCAUAUCUCGUGAUUGGUGUGGCGGCCCGCCUGUUUCAUGCACGUUCUGUUUUUUUUUCUCAUCUUUGAUCAUGUAAACAGUAUCACAUCACGUCACUGUAUCCUAGACUAAGCUAUUCUUAAUUGUAAUAUCACUUGCAAUAUUUGCUUCUUCCUUCACUCACACAAUUUGCAUCUGCUUUCUCUUAGGUCAAGUGGUCUUCUCAAGUUUAGUUAAAUAUUAUCAUAUCAUCUAGGUACACUGCUGAAUACUGAGCCAGCUCAACUAGGUGUUGAAAUGUUACUGGUACCCCCUGUGUGUCAAAAUGCAUAAUAUAUUUGUAAAAGACAGCUUCAAUAAAGAGAGAACUGUCAUAUAUUUUGUAAAAUCA